GGAGGUCGGUCGAUACGGAGAGCUUUGAUGGGCAGCGGUCUGAUGCGCAGCAGAGGGCUCAUACAAUUUCUAAGCUGCAGCAGAAUGCUUCGCCUAGUGCGGAGGAUAUCAUUACGCUCCAGGAGAUUUUGACAGAGCAACAAAGACGGUAUGAAGAAGAGUUAGCACUCAUGCCUAAAGCACUAGCUAUCGGCUCAAGGAAAAAGCGUCUUUCUCUCCUUUCAUCCAAACCGUCGAUAUUGAAAAAUGCUCGAGAUUCUUUUGAAUGGGGAAUCAAUGAACUGACUGCCCCUCGACUGAAAAAGUCUGAGAAGCCGCAACGGAAAGCUCGCUUCUCGAUGUAUAGCGGGAAUACGACUCCGGAAGAAAUGCCUCCAACACCACCGCCAAAGAGCCCUAGACGGAAGAAAAAGAGCUUUGCGACGGGUGAACAUCCGUUGAAGAGUCCGUAUCCCUUCGCCGGCAAGGAGGAGGAUGAUACUAUCAUGAGUCCUUCAGAAAAUAGAUUCGGGAGCAAGAUCUCUGGAGCUAUCAAGAGUCUUUCGACGGGUGGGAGGAGAGGAUCUUUGACCAACAACAACAAUAAGAUUGUGAUAACGAAUAAAGCGAGGAAGAAUUCGGGGCCGGAUACUCCUGUGGUUGGGAAAUCUAGCUUUGUAGAGACGAUCAAUAGGGGGAAUGAGCAGUUGCAGGGGAUUAUUGAGAAGACGAGGAAGAGCGUGUUGAGGACGGCGGAGGAGAAGAGGAGGGAUGAGUUGAAGAAGAAGAUUGUUGUUGUGGGGAUUGGGGAUCAGAGUCCUGAUGGGAGGGUUUCCGAGUGGUUGUAGGGUAUCUUAGCUCGGAUCUAUUGUAGCAUUUGCAGUACUUUUGAAUAGAGGCCGAUAUAGGAUUAUCAAAACUCCGUGCUGGAUUUGAAUAUUGUAAGGAUUGUGACUCGGAUAUGCGGCUUCCAGCAUCAUGUCUUCCCAGUUGAGUGAUUCUGUACCUGCAGGAUUCAGGCUUCCCCACUUCUGAUGUUGACCGCUGGUACGGAACCCCUCUUCCAUUCUAAUUGACUCCUCUAAGCCAUCACGAGGUCGUCAUGAUAUU